UAUGAGAGUGUAAGAAAACACCAUCCAUUCCAGUCGGCUGCAGAGGCAAAGUCAUUCUGCAGAAAAUGACACCACAAGCUCUCUCGCAUCAUCUUUCUCGUCUGGCUCGUCACUUCCCUUGCUUUUCUCCCUUUUCCUCACCCCUCUUCCUCUCCCCCUAUACUCGAGCUUUUACCAAGCCUCGUUGCGUCGUCUUCCGCCGGACUCCUCGCCAAACUCGCGCAUUCUUCAGCUAUAGCUCCUCUCGGGCAUUCUCCGUCUUCUCAUCGGGCUCGGGAGACUUGAGUAGUGAUGGGAUAGUUGAUGAAAGAUAUGAUGUGAUUGUGGUUGGUGGAGGACAUGCAGGCUGUGAAGCUGCCCUUGCAUCUGCUCGUUUGGGGGCUAAAACUCUUCUUCUUACACUAAAUAUUGAUCGAAUUGCAUGGCAGCCUUGCAAUCCAGCAGUAGGCGGGCCUGCAAAAUCACAGCUUGUGCAUGAAGUAGAUGCUCUUGGUGGUGAAAUUGGGAAAGUUGCUGACAGGUGCUAUUUACAAAAGCGUGUUCUCAAUAUCUCAAGAGGUCCUGCUGUUCAAGCAUUACGUGCACAGACUGACAAGCGUGAAUAUGCUAUGCAAAUGAAGAAAAUAGUGGAAAGCACUUCAAACCUUUCCAUCAGAGAAGCAAUGGUGACAGAUAUAUUAUUAGGAAAGAAUGACAAUGUAGAAGGUGUCUGCACAUUUUUUGGGAUGAAGUUCUAUGCUCCUUCUGUUAUUCUCACAACAGGCACCUUUAUGAGUGGUAAAAUUUGGGUUGGUAGAACAUCUAUGCCUGCAGGAAGAGCUGGAGAAUCAGCUUCGCAUGGACUCACUGAAAACUUACAGAACCUCGGAUUUGAAACUGAUCGGUUAAAAACUGGGACACCAGCACGUGUUGACUGUCGCACUGUAAAUUUUUCUGGCUUGGAACCCCAGCAUGGCGAUGAAGAGGUGAGUUGGUUUAGUUUUGAUCCUGAGUUCCAUAUUGAAAGGGAACAAAUGUGCUGUUAUCUUACACGCACCACAAAGAAUACACACCAAUUGAUUAGAGAAAACUUGCAUGAAACUCCCACAUAUGGAGGAUGGGUUGAAGCUAAGGGGCCUAGAUACUGCCCUUCCAUUGAAGAUAAGAUUGUUCGUUUUCAGGACAAAGAGUCUCAUCAAAUUUUUCUUGAACCAGAGGGAAGAAGUGUUCCUGAGCUCUAUGUGCAGGGGUUCUCAACUGGUUUACCAGAAAGACUACAGUUACCGCUGUUGAGAACUUUGCCUGGACUUGAAAACUGUUCAAUGCUGAGGCCUGCUUAUGCUGUAGAGUAUGAUUUCUUGCCUGCUCACCAAUGCUGUAGAUCACUUAUGACGAAGAAAAUAGAUGGACUUUUUUUCUCUGGUCAAAUAAACGGAACCACGGGCUAUGAAGAGGCUGCAGCACAAGGUAUCAUUUCUGGUAUUAAUGCUGCCAGACAUUCAGAUGGUAAGUCCCUUAUUGUUCUUGAGAGGGAGAGCAGUUAUAUUGGAACACUGAUUGAUGAUCUGGUUACAAAGGACCUUCGAGAGCCUUACCGCAUGUUAACAAGUCGAUCGGAACAUCGGUUGCUUCUUCGAUCUGAUAAUGCUGACAGCCGUCUUACACCUUUGGGGAGAGAAAUUGGUUUGAUAGAUGAUAGACGUUGGAAACUUUACCAGGAUAAGCAAGCUCGAAUUUCAGAGGAAAAGAAGCGAUUGAAAAGUGUUCGAAUUUCAGGAGGAGAUUUGGCAGUCGAUGUGACUCACCUGUCUGGUCAGCCUGUGAAGGACUUCUCGACACUAGAGAGUCUUCUUAAGAAACCGCACAUAGGAUAUAAAGUUCUUGAUAAGCAUGGUUUUGGGAAUCAUCUCUUGUCAAGAGUAGAGAAAGAAUGUGUUGAGAUUGAUAUCAAGUAUGAGGGCUUUAUUCUGCGCCAGCAGAGCCAACUUCUACAGAUGGCCCAUCAACAACAUAGACCACUUCCAGAGAACUUGGAUUACCAUGCAAUGACAACUCUGUCUCUUGAAGCACGUGAGAAACUCUCCAAGGUGAGGCCACAAACCAUAGGCCAAGCAAGCAGAGUUGGUGGGGUAAGUCCUGCAGACAUUACUGCUCUUCUCAUUAUCCUCGAAUCUAAUAGGAGGAAAGCUCAAGAACAGAAGAGAUACCAGAUGCUGACUUCUAUGAGGAUAGACACAGAUGGUGCGCCUGAAGUUCCUAUGACUCAGGCCAUAGGCUCAUGAUAUGUUCCAAGAGACAGACGUAGCAUUUGAGAAUGUUAUGGAUGUAUCAUUCUUGAACAAAAUGAAAACCGUUACUUCCAUCUGACUUGUAAUGUCCAGAGGCUUCUUGGUUUCUCAAAAUGGGAAAUCCCAAGAGAAAAGCUGGUUCAGAAAUACGAUUAUGAGGAACUUCACCAAAUUUCCUAUCAGCUGAUGUGUGAAAUUUGAUUGGUCCUUGACCAAAACUGCAAGAAGGUGAAGAUUUCAAGCCACUCAGAAGUUCGGAAAUUUGCUAGCGUUUAUAGAUAUUUAUUCAGGCAUUUUAUAUUAUUUUUUGACAGUAUUUGUCAUGCAACAUCUGAGUUAUGAAUUUUUCAUCUUCUAAACAUUAUAUAUAUAUAUAUAUAUAUAUAUAUAUAUAUAUGUUGUAUUAAAUUAUUAAUGCUUUUGUUUGUAAA